AUGACAGGUCUAAACAAAGUGCCAGGCAGCCUCGUCUUAGCCGGCUACGACCGCUCGCGAACCUCCAACAACCUUACCGUACCCAUCAGCGGAGAAGCCGACCGUCCAUUAACCAUCGGCCUCCAGAAGAUCGUCACCUCCAACUCGCUAAAAGGUACCAUGGCACUCAUGGACUCCGGCAUCCUCACCGUAAUCGAUUCAUCCGUCCCCGGACUCUGGCUUCCCCGCUCCGUCUACGAUAAAUUCGAAUCUACUUUCGAGCUCCAAUACCACGAGCCUUCAGACUGGCACGCUGACGAAUAG